GUUCCGGUGUUUGGCGCGGUGGGGUAGCGCGCAUGCGCGGGCUUGGAAGGUAAGUUAGAAGGUUAGCAGCGGAGCUGAACUCCUGAACUCUGAGAGGAAUUAAACCCGGAAUGGCGCAUUACAGGGCUGCAGAGUCGAAGCGUGAGCAGUUCAGGAGGUACCUGGAGAAAGCUGGAGUUCUGGACAGUCUCACUAAUGUGCUGGUGGCUCUGUACGAGGAGACGGAUAAACCCAACAAUGCUCUGGAGUUUAUACGGCUGCACCUGAGCACAGGUGAGCCGGACUCCGGCGACGUGGAGACGCUGUGUCUGGAGCUGACGGAGCUGCAGCAGAAAUACGACGCUCUGCUGGAGGAGAACCGAGACCUGAAGAACCGGCUGCUGCAGUACGAGCCGCCGGUGGAGGAUGGAGCAGCAGAAUGAGGAUCAGGAGGAUCUGGGUUUAGUUAUUGAGUUUAUAGAGUUUAUAAUUAACGCUGUGUGAAGAAUGAGGGGGUAAUAUUUCAGUUUUUUGAUUCCUGCACUUUUAUAUUACGUUUUUUACAAAACUGGGAAUGGUGAAUUUUUGUUUGUAAAACGAAUGUGGUAUUGAAUUUAGUUUCCUAAACACCUACACUAAAUAUAUUAUUGUUUCUGCAUCA